CGACCAUCAUUGCCAAUCGCACACGUUUCAGCUUGCGGCGCACAGCCCAGCCCCGAGCAAGCGCGCGCGCGCUAUAAGGGAACACGGGCGGAUGAUUACCGUUCUCAUCACGCUUUCUUCCCACCCAGACCCGUCCUGUCAUCCACGAUGGCUUCGACGACAUACACCAUCCGCUCACUCGAUGUACCCGAGCCCACGCCGACGGGGCUCGAGUCUAUGGUCUUCCACGUUCCCUUCAUCGACGACGUGCCGGCGCGCCUGCUGCAGCGUUACCGGGAUCUGCGCGCGGAGCGCGAGAUGGAAGAGGAGAGCCACUACGAGGCCGAGUCGGUGAAACUCGUUCUGGAGGCGUAUCAGGAGGAGGCGCUCAGGACGGAGCGGGAGGAGUGGGCUGUGCGUGCGAUAUCGCUGUUCCACGCGGUGGUCGAAGGCAACAAAGAUACGCUGCGGCAUGUCGAGGUCGUGCUACCGACGGGUGGGAUGGCGGAGCCGCUGAAUCUGUUCGCACCUCUCAAGUACGUGACCGAACUCGAAUCGCUCUCGGUCCAAUGGCCCAUGCGAGGCUACACCCCACUUCAUCUGCUCCUCAUCCCGCAAUUCGCCCACGUCCUCGAGAACACUUCGUUCCUGUCCGCGUACGCGCACUUCACAGACGACCUGAUUAGCCUGCUCGAAUCGCACGCCGCCACGCUCGCGCGCCUGCGCAUCUCCCUCCCGCAGUCGACCACGCGCAUGCCCUUCGCGCUCACCUCGCUCGACCCCGCGCGCUUCCCCGCGCUCCCGCACCUCGCGCUACUCGACCUCACGCACUGGUCCCCGUCCGUCCCGGCGCUCACCGCGCUGCUCACGCCCGCGCGCCUGCCGCGCCUCAGGCACCUCAUCCUCGACCACGGCGCGGAGUGGCCCGCGACGGACUACGACCCGGACGAGGAGGUCGACGACGACUACGACCCCGACGCGCCGACACCCGAGGUGUACUCGUGGGCGGGACUUGCUGCGCACCUCGCGGGAGAGGGCAGGGGCCGGCUGGAGUCGGUCUGCGGGGCGUUGCUGGACACGCGGUUCAGCUAUGGAGGUGCGGCCCGGCUCAGAGCCGAUGGGCUGCGUCGUCUGCUUGGGCUGCAGGACGAUGCUGGGAUCCGGAUCUGCACGGCUUGGCCGGUGGAGUACGCGCUGCAGGAAAAGAGGGCGGAGGAGAAGCCUGAGGAUGGCGCCGACGACGAUGACCUGUAUACGCAUGUUCCCGGGUGCGGACAUCUGGCCUACCCCGAAGGUCAGCGCCCCACGACCGGGCUUUGGACUGCAGAGGGAGAAGAACAACGUUCAGGGCAGAACAUGCUCGGCAAACCCUGGUAUUGAGGCCAUGGGCUGUAGGAUACAGUAAGAAGAACUAGCAGAAACCCGUGCUACGAUGCGGGAAUGGAACAAGUUGUAACCUGAGUCGCGUGGAUCAUGUCACAUAUCUCCGGAAAGAUGGCCGAGACAAACCGUUUCUUCAUGUACAGG